GUAUCAAAUUACACUCCCUAUUGUUUUCAUCAAAUCUACUCACUUGGCAAAUGAGCAAAAACUUAAAAGAAUAUAAAGGUAGGAAAUGAGUUUCAGAAAGAUGUAUAGGUUGGAAGCAGUUAAGAGAACUUACAAGACAACUGCCGUCCCCACCAAAAAAAUAGCCCUCAAAUUAGGUAGUAAGUGUAUAAAUCAAGUUGGUGGUAAGUUGGGUUCGUGAAACCCUCAUCGCCUGAAUCCCUCAUCAAAGAUGACAUCUUUUUACCUCGCAGCAGCAGUUUUUCACCUACUAACAUCUGGUGCAGUAUUUGCAGCACUGGUUGCCACACCCCUUCCAUCUCCUUCUCCCUCCCCUUCCCCUUCUCCUUCUCCUUCUCCUCUUCCCUCUGCGAUAUCGCCUGAAUCUCCUGAAACUUACUCCGAAUCGUCACAAGGAGCCUUAUUCGAUGUCACUGAAUAUGGAGCAGUUGCUGAUGGACAGACUGAAAGUCAAAAUGCGUUCGUGGCAGCAUGGGAAGCUGCUUGCAACCACAAUGGAAGUGAGAGUCCGACGUUCUAUGUCCCCGAGGGAACAUAUUUCGUCGGGGCAUUAGUCUUCCAAGGUCCUUGCUUUAAUGGCAGAACUCCCAAGAUAAUGAUCAGAGGGAGCUUGAUAGCUCCAAGCAGCCUCUCUGCAUUCAAGAACACGGACUGGAUUCAGUUCAAGGACUUGACUGAAAUCGAGCUCGAUGGAGAAAAUGGGGUCUUGGAUGGCAGGGGAGCAGUAGAGGCAUGGAAGCAAGUCAGCUGCUCCAAGUCCUCAAGGUGCAAAGAAAUGGUGACUUCGUUGAAGUUCAGCAAUGUAUCAUACGGGACGAUCAGUAACAUAACGCUGUCAAAUGGAAAGGGAUUCCACAUGGGUUUCUACUUGUGCAACAAUAUCAGAGUUGAGAACGUUACCAUUUUGUCUCCUUGGGACAGCCCCAACACGGAUGGAAUCCACAUUAGUCGUUCAGUUAACGUAACAGUUGAUUCGUCAGCCAUCGGAGUAGGAGACGAUUGUGUCUCGAUCGGACCUGGGAGUGUCAAUGUCUCAGUCUCCAAUGUUCAAUGUGGCCCUGGCCACGGAAUCAGCAUAGGAAGCCUAGGGAAGUACCCAGAUGAAGAAGACGUGAUAGGAAUUACAGUCCAGAACUGCACAAUCAACGGAACCCAGAACGGGAUUCGAGUCAAGACAUGGCCAGGGUCGCCGGCGGGGAGUGCCACGGGGAUUCUCUUCGAGAACAUUGCUAUGAUCAAUGUCUCCAACCCCGUUAUGAUCGAUCAGGAGUACUGCCCAUCACGAACCUGCAACAUUACCAAGCCUUCGCGCGUGAAGCUGAAGGACAUCGAAGUGAAGAACGUGACAGGGACUUACAACGGCGACGCCCCGACGCCGCCGGUGACGUUGUUGUGCAGCACCCACCAGCCUUGCGAGAACAUUAACCUAAUCGACAUUGACCUGAGACCAACCGCAGGAGAUGGGGAUGCGAGGCCUCGGGGACUUUUUCAGAUCAAAGGCUUCUUCAAUGGUCUCCAAGUUGUUCCUUCAAUUGCUUCUUCUCAAUAGGCAACAGCAAACCGAAAAUCGAUCAGUCCCUCUAGCAUUUUACACUACUGUACACAAUUUCUCCUUGUCUGGCAAUAUGUGUCAAAUACUUAUUUUUAUGAUAAAAUGGUCACUGCAAUAGUGCAAUUAAUACAAUAUUUAACUUGGA